CCAACCCCUAGCUAUAAACACCCUUCCCAAACGUCAAACCGAUACAGACACAUCGAACAAAACACAAAGUUUAUAAAGUGAGGGCACAACGAAAGGGAAAAACAUUUCGUUCCAAUUCGUCCAUCGGUGCGCACAUGCGUGCGUGUUAGGUGCGUGCGUAUGUGUGUUUGUGAACUUACUCUGCCACCUACUGUCAAAGGCGUGCGUGAAUUCGUGUGCAGUAUUUUCAGUUCGCACGGGGCGUGUGUGUGUAUUGAGCUGGUUGUGUGAAUUUAUGCUUCGCCAUCACCGCACAGAAAACGAUCCGUGAUCGUGCGUUAGUGAACGUGUGUGUGUGUGUGUGUGGCUGUACGUGCGCCAAGUGAGAGACGACCGUAAAAGGGAGAAAAACGCGCGCCCGCGCUAGAAGUAGAAACGGGCAGGAAUUAAAUUUUCCCGUAUAUUUUCAUCUUUUCCACCGCUCGUUGCCUCAUUGGAUACGUAAAGAGAACGUGUGAGAGAGAUAGCAAGAAAGAAAAGAUAGAGAGAGAGAGAUAUUAUAGUGCGAGAGUAAACCGUGGUAGUUGUGCGUGCGCGCCCGUGUGUGCGCAAGGUUUUACUUUUUGAUAUUAUUUUCCCCUGGCCUGUCGUGUCCGGAAAGGGGUGUAGCGACGGUCGGUGUGCGUUACAGCAGUGUGUGUUGUGCUGUAUGGUGUUGUGUUUCUUCACGAGCGUUGCGCUGCUACUGCUGCUGCCAUCAUCAUCAUCUCUUCGACGCAAGGAGCGCGGUUGAUCCGUGUGUUGUGUUGUGCUGUGUUGUACUGCUCUACUCGGAAACUCUCGCUAAUAUCUCAAAAUGGCCACGAGCGACGACGAACAUUUCCAUUUGUACGAGGUGUUUCAGAAUUGUUUCAAUAAAAUUGCCAACAAGCAGCCGCCUGAAAAGGCAGGCUACCAAUCACCAUAUGGCGGCAUGGACAAUGGCGUGUACGCACCGGAGGAGUACACGCACGAGAGUCCGGUUUCGGGCGGGCAGAGAUAUACGUCACCGAAGACGGGCGGCGCAUUGUACCAACCGGAACCGUACUACGAUUCGCCCGGCGGCUCGUGGUACCCGUCUUCAUCGAGCGGAGCAUAUGCGCCACAUUCCGGCACUGGUUACCACAACGUAGGUCACGGUGCCCAUCUUGGUGGUGGUGCUGGCGGACCACAGCACAACCAUGACCAAUAUGCCAUGUCACCGGUCGGCGUCCCACACAUGGAUGGUGGCCAUCUUACACAGAAUCAAACGCAAACACUUCCACCGAUGAGCACGUUCCGAGGCAAUAACGCACAAAUACCGGCUAUUGGUACGCAGGGCCAGAACUCACCCGCAAUCUACAACGCAAUCGCUGCCGGCCAUCAUAAUCAGCAUGCGCAGCAUAGUCCAAUUGUACAAAACGACACCAUGGUCGGCAAGGCACUACAGACGAUGUACCCAACCGAUCAGAGCAUAAGCAGUUACGGUUCCAAUCCCAACACACCAGUGAACUCACCUCCGCCACUAACGUCCCAGCAGCAGGCACAGCAACAAGUUCAACAGCAGCAACAGCAGCAGCAAUCCCAGCAAACGACACAGCAAAGUAUUCAUGCCGCCGGUACCGUACCGGGCAGUGCGAGUGGAGCAACCGGUGGUGGUCCCGCUUCCGUCAGCGUUGCAUCGGCGGCUACUGCCGCGGCAGUGGCGGCAGCGGGCGGUACCUGGCAGCAGAUCAAUCCGGUGAUCAGCAGCAAUGGUGGCGGUCCAACCGUGCUCAACAAUCUAUCGAACGGUUCCUAUGCUCCCGAGCUAGUACAUCGAGGUCUACCACAUAUGGCCAAUUCCCCUGAGAUACAGCCGCUAGACGAGGCGAUCGUGUCGUUACUAAGAGAGCAUGAAAACGUCACGUCCUUGCAAGGGUCACGCAUGGAAGAACGGCUGGACGAUGCCAUCAACAUUCUGCGGAAUCAUUGCGAACCGCCGGUCGGUGUAUCGCUGUCAUCAAUCGACCCUGCCGCCACCGUUUCACCGUACUCGACCGGCAGUGCGCCGAUCAUUCCACCUUCCUCUCAGCUGCAGCACGACGCACCGGCCGAACUUUCCACCGUCCCCGUGAAAACGGAACGACUCCCCGGUAGCGGUCCAGUGUCCGUUAACAACAUUUAUCAUUUAUCCUCAGAGAAACGUAAAGAACCUCCAGAUUCCGAUACCAAACCAAGCAGCUCCGUGCAGGGAACAGCGAAAGGUGCCAAACGGCAGCGCAAGUAUAGUAAAACCUCGCGCAGUUGUUCUAGUGCUGACGACGAUGACGACGACGACGACUUGGAUCCGCUGGCAAAGGAUCGGAAGGAGAGGGAGCGAAGGCAAGCCAACAACGCUCGGGAAAGAAUACGUAUUCGGGAUAUUAACGAGGCACUAAAGGAAUUGGGACGCAUGUGCAUGUCUCAUCUGAAAUCAGACAAACCACAGACCAAGCUGGGUAUACUGAAUAUGGCUGUUGAAGUGAUAAUGACUCUCGAACAACAAGUACGAGAGCGGAAUCUAAACCCAAAAGCGGCAUGCUUAAAGCGGCGAGAAGAGGAAAAGGCUGAGGAUGGUCCGAAGCUACCUCCGCAUAUUCUACAUCAAUCAGCCUACCCUGCGCUACCUGGUGCUCCGCCAAGUCUACCGCAUAGUGGACCACCACAAUAGCAUACCAAUUUUACCUGCUUUAUUCGAAGAUAACAAACCACAACACUAUCCACAAAAUCCGCACACAACCAGUCCAAUAUAAGUAACUAGAUGAAAAUGAUUCAACAUGACGCGGCAUCCUGAUAUGAAGCGCAUCAAACCGAAGUGUGCGAAGUGCAGGUGAUGGUUUUACGUGUUUAGCUAUAAUGGAACCUAUUGCCAACGAACACACCUUGCUUACCUAGCGUCAGGUGUGUGUACAUGUCUGUAGACAGACAGAUGAGGGAAGGAAUCGAAAAGUCAUGCACAAUAGGGAAAUGGAAUUAUAAAUGGUUUGGUUGAGCACGGAAGCAUAAUUGUACAUAUGACACGAAUGGGAAAAUGCUGCGUGUGCGUAAAGUAGAACAAAACGUUGUAUAAACAACAAAAAGAGAAGAAAUCACAAAGAGUAGUGUGCUGCGUUUAGUGGCGGAGUGAAUGCAUCACACACACGUAUGUACGUUUGGGCAUCACAGAACAUCACAAACAAAAAUACAGUUCAACGCUCUCUCACUUGCUCCGGUAGCAGUACUGUUGGACAGAGGUGCGUAUCUGAGUGAGUGUAGGGGCUGUAUCUUUUAUACAGCUAAAGAUCACACGUAAGAAAUACUUAAACGCUAAUGUACUUGCUUCAUCCCAGAGGCACCGUAAGCAGAAUGGGAAGAAGUAGGGUUGUAUAAAAAUAUGUUCGAACUUUUUUUAAAAGAAAAAUCUGUAACCCCUUUCACGGAACCCGGUGCGCAUGUUUUAGCUGAAUGAAUCUAGGCUAGGGCAAUUUUAUUGCACAGCGCACGCAUGAAAACUGCUGAAAAGGGUGCGUAAAUUUCUCUGCAAACCUUUAGCUUAAAAAAGAAAAACAUUACAACAUCAGCAUUACACGCACAGGAGAGUUUUUUUGUGUUGUUAUUAAUCGGGGGUGAAAAAGAAACAUAAUCGAAUGAUUGAAACCCCUACCAGAUUCCUAAUAGGCAAGGAGGUGACGUUGUGGAAAAAUUAUAGCGGGAAAAGAGGAACAGUAAUAAUAUCAUUUAGUAUUCUCUAUAUAUAUACAACAAUAUAUAUAAAAUAUAUCGAUAUAAACAAAAUCAAGCGCAAAGAUAGGACGUCAAAAUGUACGUAGCGAUGAAUGAAUUUCCAUGAAAUCAAGCCAAGAAUGAAAGCAUAACAGAGAGAUCAUUUUCUUUACUUAGCGAAUGGGUGGAAACAUUAUACCCGGCGGACGAUUGAAUCAUCCGGCCUGUAGGUAAAACGAGCAAAGAAUUAAGCACCGCCACCAUUUAUUCGUGCACUGGUACAAUCGCAGGUCGGAGCAGGGGAAUGAUAACGGUCGUCUGGUGGUAGGAAAACAAAGUUUCACUGUUUUGGAUUGUAUUAAUCCAUCCGAUGGUGGGGACUGUUAUUGGAUUGUGUCAUACAUUGGUUCCCAGGUUGAUAAGAAUCUAUGAUUUUUUUUCUUUCAGUUACUGUAAGAUCGCUAAUGAUCUUGUCAUAAUUGCUACCUGAUCUUCCGUACGUUGAACGUAAGUCGUUGUAAAGACGAAUGAAGUGUUGUUUCUCUCGCAUUCGUGUACGGCUAUGAAUUCGAUAGCCAUCCGUUUAUAAUCAUAUCAAUUGACUGUGGUCAAGACUUAAACCAGUACUUAGUAAGUUACCAGUUACCAGUGUACUUAUAUCGUAACUUGUGUUGGACUAUGAACUUUUGUAUUACCCUUGUUCUUAUACUGUGUCUACUAAUAGCAUACAAUGGAAUGGCAAUUAAUGCAUCCAGUUGAUAAAAAUUCGUUUCGAAAUUCACUUUUCCUAUUACCAGACGAACCAUCUAGCAUCGAACAAUGAUACAUACAUGUACAAUAGACAAAUCAACGGGAAGUGUAUCCAAACUGAUAAUCAAUGUGACAGUAUUUUGAUUGUUGAAUAUGAUUUGCUUUUUGUUAUUAAAAUUUGGUUCAACUAUAAACAUUGAAAGCAUUAAUUCCAAUCAGCAAUAGCUUCUGAUACACUAACACAUGAUUCUGAACGAUUUAGAUAAACUAAACGCAGCAAGAUCAUCAACACAAAACUUGUUUGCCAAAAUGAUACGCUUUAUUUUAUUUUGUAACUGAAACUAACAAUAUAAUUUGAGGAAAAGCACCAUCACACACAACAAAUAUGAAAAUAAUUAUAAAAAGAAAUACUGCAAAAUGAACUGCAAUACCGUAAAACACCGGUACAUAUCUUAGGCAUUACUAAAAGGCAAAUAAUUUCCCUACCCCCCUCCCUUUUUGGUGGCGCUGAAUGAUUUUUUCCUCUCUGGUAGGUAUAGAACGGAAAUGAUCGUAAAGUAAUGUUUUCGUUCGGCUUCGAGAUCAGUGCGCGCUGCAGAUUGUACGAAGGGCGCCAAAAACAGUGUUUACAAAGAUGUGAUAAAAUUAUUUCGUGAAACAGACCGUUUACAGUACCAGAGAGAGAGAGAGAGCAAAAGGAAAGGAAUAGAAUAAGAAAUAAACACUUUCAGGUAUAUGCAUGCAACGAUUUCAUUACACCAUCGACAAAUCAAUCAAACUGACCGUAGCGUCUACCUACAACAUUGUAUUGCUAUUUUCUGUUUUCGUGGCACUUCCUUCGUGUUACGUUUCGUGCUAAUUCAAGGUAGCAAUUUAAUUGUGUUUCUGCUAUAUGUCGCGACGCAUCCGUUUUUUCGCCCCAAGGAGUACGCUUCAUGGGUAAACUAGUGUAAACAAGUAUAGUAUUAUUAAUGUUUGUAACAAAAGUUUCAACAAAGCGCAAAUGUACCACUGUAUCGUUACAUGGCCACUGUGUCGAUCGAUCAAUCGAUCGGACAAGUCAACAUACUUAUUGUUUUGAACGUGUCGUCACAUAUAGGCAGAAUCCGUUAAAUUGAUGCACAAUUUCUUAGAAUAAGCGUGAAAUUUAAAACACUGUAACGAAUUGUGUUUUUGUUUUCAUUGCUUUCACUAUCAUUAGCUGGUAAUUUUUAUAUCGGUUAAUUUAGGAAUGAAUCGUUUAAAACCAUUUUCUGAAUUUAGUUUCUUUCAUUUUGCUCUUGAGUUGCUCUUAAACAACAUCCUAAAACAGCCAAUCAUAGUUUUUACAUCCACUCGUUUGGAUGUACAUUGGCAAAAGAAGAAACUUUUUCCAAAAUUCUUACGCGGUUUAGCGAUUUUCUUUAUGAUUUUUUAUUUAGAGAAAACUGUUUAUGUUUAUUUUAUGUAGCCUUUGUACCGAUCGUAACGAACCGUGCGAUCGGUAUUAUUCUUCCAUUUGAUUUGGUAUUUUGUUUCCAAAGCAAAAUAGAAAAACAAAACAAUCGUGAAAGCGAGCAAGAGAUGUGAGGACAGAAUGAAAAAAAUAAUUAAAAAUAAAAAAUACAAACACAAAUGUUGCAAACGGUACAUCACACAUGUGUGGUGCGUAUAGGAUUUAUUUCGCCAUUUGAAAAUGUACACCUUCCAAUGUUCGUUUUAUGUUUAUUGCUAUUUUAAUUAUUUUAUUUUACCGUAGUAAUGUAAUAUUUUUUAAGUGAACUAUUGUGCGAAGGAAAAACAAACAAUCGGAAGCCGGCACCAGACAAAAUCAAUCAUCACUAGGAAAAAUGGAGGCAAACCACACAUCGCAAACACGUAUCGCGUUUGUGUGCGAGUAGGUUAAGCGAAGAGAGUAUUUUACGAAAGGAGUACAUAUUAUUUUCUAAAUGAUGCUUUAGUUGUAGCUGUCCUUUUAUAAAUGUGUUAGAUACAUUUCCUUAUCUUUACCAGGAGCAUAUUAAACUCGUUGUGUAUGCUCCUCAUAUACAGCUCGUUGGUUUGCUGUUGGCCGGAAAAUAAGCUACAAGAAGGACAAGAAGGAGCAGUAGUACACGUUGCAAAUGGUGGUGCAGCAGAAGGUAAAGAAAAAUCAUAAAAGUGAAGAAAAAAAUGAAGAGAAAAAAAUCGUAAGAAGAAAAGGUAUCAAAGAUAAGCUCUGUCAUGAUGAUGGCAGGCAUGCAGUUCCUCAUUUUUCAUGGAUUUAGUUUGUUUUGGUUUCCGCACUGACCAUACUCAUGGUUUAUACUGUUCCUUUUUUUAAGGGUACCAUAAAUGGAGAGUUGCAAAAACAUUUUUCUCCGUGUUAUUUUUGCCAAAGCCAUAUUACUCUCGGACGAUGCGUAAACGAUCCUCGAAAACACAAUCAUGCAAUCGCACAGGCGUAUUACAACGAAGAACAACAGACAAAUCAGAAAAGAAACUAGAAAAGUAAUGAAAUCAUAACAUUGUUUCGUGCACAAACGCACAACGGAAAGGAAUGAAAGAGAGUAAUGACACAAUCAAUACGUUCAACACAAUUCAAACUAAUGCAUACAAUUCCUCCAAUAAGAUCGUUCGCGGUGAAAGGAAAUGGUGAAGCAAUUUCAGUAUUUGAUGGAAAGUAGAAAGAAACGAGGGAAGCAAGCAUACAAAUAGCAAAGAAAUGAAAAGAAGCAACAGUAUAAGACAAGAAAUGGAAAUGCCCAAUUGGUGAACGAACACAAAUCAAAAUCAGUACAUAAAUCCAUGGCAAAUCGUAAGGAAAAAGAGAAAUACAUAAAAAAGAAAAACAAAAUAAAACAAAACACAAUCAACAAUCGUUCAUGUGAAAUGGCAAAAGAGACAGGCAAAGCAAAUGAGAGCAGAACAGAUGAUAAUGAAAAGGAAUGCAGAAAAUGAUAACGUACAGUGAUGUAAUGAUAAUACCCAGAUGGCUACGUUUUAAUGGAAAAUUUAAAAAAGGAAAAAUUGAAAACAUACAAAAGUGAAUCAACAACACGAAAGAAGAUGAGAAAAAAAUGAGGAAAAAUCAUUACAAUGUAUAUUAUGUUAUUAAAAUAAAUGUGCCAUUUUUCCAUAAUAA